AUGGCUCGAUUCAUGGUCCGCGUCUACUUCAACAACAUGGUCGCCAUCAACCUCUUCCACGAGCCCACCUUCAACGAAACCGUCGCCAACUUCGCCAACCCCGUCCACAUCUGCGCCCUCGUCGCCGCCAUGUGCAGCUUCAGCGCCAAAUUCUACGCCGCCGACCUCGAAUCCGCGGCCCCCGGCACCGCCGACCUCCUGCGCGCCGAAGCCGAGACCCACUCCCCGGACCGCUUCAUCGCCAUGGCCCUCAAGUUCGUCGACGAGGCCCUCGUCGAAUGCGACGACGAGCCGCCCCCAUCUGCCUCGUGCAGGCCCUCAUCAUCACCACGCACUGCCAGCUCACCAAGGGCGUCCACGGCAAGGCCUGGCGCCUCCUCGGCAUGUGCGUGCGCCUCGCCUACGAGCUCAACCUGCACCUCGUCGACGCGCUGGAGCCCGCCCGCGAGGGGGCGGCAGCGGUCGUCCGACCCCAUUCGGUGGCGCGACGCCGAGGAAAAGCGCAGAGCGUGGUGGGCCGUCUGGGAGAUGGACGUGUUCGCCAGCACCGUGCGCCGGACCCCGACCGCCAUCGAUUGGGCGCACAUGGAGACGCUGCUGCCGGUGGACGACGCCGACUGGUUUCGUAACGAGCCGGCCCCGAGCACGUUCAUGGAGCCGGACCCCGUCCAGCGGUGGAAAGUUCUCCAGGAGACCGGGAACCACUCGCCGAAAGCGUGGUACCUCGUCAUCAACUCCCUCAUGAAGGACGCCCAAAUCAUCUCCAGCCCGCGCGGCGUGCCGUUCCAGCCCGAUCUCGACCAGCGACGCCGCGCGAAAUCGCUCUGCCGCAAGACGAAGCGGCUCAGCACCAGCGCGGGGCCGAGUCCCGUCGAGGAGGCCCGCCAGCGCCUCGCCAUGCUGGCCAACUCGGUGCAGUGUUUUGUCCUCGCGUUGCCGCAGCAUCUCCGGUACCGGAAUCAGUACCUGGGGUUUGACCCGCCUGUUCCCGGCCAGGUCGUGUCCGUUCGCCAGCUCCACUGCGGGAUAUACAACAUUUACGUCAUGACGCAGCUCGCGAGGCUCAUGAUCCACCGAUACGACAUGUUUGGCACCCACGCCGCGUCCCGGCAGGCGGGCCACGCGGACCCGGAUGAUCCUUGCGUACGCCAAUACUUUGAAGCGGCCGAUAACAUCUUGAUGGUGGUCAAUCGAAGCUGCGAGGACCACAUCCAACACAUCAACCCCUUCCUGCCUAGCACCAUUUGGCUUGCGGCGGCUGUCCAGCUCGUGCGCAAGUACAUUGGCGGCCCCGGGAUCAACCAAGGGCUCAUCAAGUCGCGCUUCGACGUGCUCUACUUGACAUACAAGCGCUGCGUCGAGUUUUGGGACACGAAGACGGCCAUGGAGCAGAACUUGGAAUCGCUAGAGAUGCAGCUGGAGGGCCAGCAGCCGACAAGAACAGGCGGCGGGAAGGAGUCAUCGGCACGUCAGGAGGCGCGGGCUUUAAGCUCCGGGAAGGAGAGGCCGGCGGAUCUGGGGCCGCCGCCGUCCCGGGAGAGAUCGUCGAAACGAUUAGCAGGUGCGGAUGAGCAAGCAGGUGUUGACCGAGGACUCGAGGAGAGACCUGGAACAAGCAGUCGUUCCAAAGAUCAAACAUCCCACAAUCCCGCCCGCACCCUCCCCGACACCGCAGAAACACCUCCCUUGCCCCAGUUCGUCCCCAAUAGCCCCCGGCUACCGUCAUCGUAG